CGCCCCCCAUCUUCACGCCCCCGCCGCCGGUGGGUCUUCGAUUCAGCGGAGCAGCGGUGCAGUCGCCGAUCCGCCGAGCAGCCGUAGACCUUCCUUCCUUCCUGUUUCCCACCGGGACGCUACGAACAGCAGCCGACUACCAUGGCGGACGGACAAGAAUAUGUGUACAAGGCCAAACUCGCCGAACAAGCCGAGAGAUACGACGAAAUGGUGGAGUCGAUGAAGAAAAUUGCCAGUAUGGACGUUGAACUGUCGGUGGAGGAGAGGAACCUACUGUCGGUAGCGUACAAGAACGUGAUUGGAGCCAGAAGAGCCUCCUGGAGGAUAAUCAGCAGCAUUGAACAUAAAGAAUCCUCGGAAGCGAAUAUAAAGUUGGCCAAAGAAUAUGGAAAAACAAUCGAGAAAGAGCUGAAGGAAAUCUGCAACGACAUUCUGGAUGUACUGGACAAGCACCUCAUCUUGGCUGCGUCAAGUGGAGAUUCUAAGGUUUUCUACUACAAAAUGAAGGGGGAUUACCACAGGUACCUGGCAGAGUUUGCCACAGGCAACGACAGGAAGGAGGCAGCAGAGAACAGCUUGGUAGCGUACAAGGCUGCUAGUGACAUCGCCAUGACCGAACUCGCUUCAACGCACCCCAUUCGUCUGGGAUUGGCCCUAAACUUUUCUGUUUUCUAUUAUGAAAUCCUCAACUCGCCAGACCGUGCUUGCAAGCUCGCGAAGGAGGCGUUUGAUUUUGCAAUUGCAGAUCUGGACAAUCUGAGCGAGGAGAGCUAUAAGGACUCAACACUUAUCAUGCAGUUGCUACGUGACAACUUGACACUAUGGACCUCUGAUGGGCAGAGAGAAGGUGGAGAACAGAACAAAGACGCACUGCAAGAUGUGGCGGACGAUGCCCAGCAAGAGUGAACCACACAAGAGAAGCCCUCCUCCUUCUCCUCUUCCUCCCUUCUCCUCUUCCUCCCUUCUCCCCUCUACCUCUCGCUCCUGUCCCCAACCCCACUGGGUUUAUACUGCAGCCCACACUCUCUCUACCUUUUCCCCCAUUUCUACCCAUCUGUCACACCUGCUCCUCGUAUGCACGUCAUUUCCCAGUUCCCUCAGGACCCGCUCGGGUCUUCAUUUCCUCUCCUGGGGGCUUAACCUUUUUUUUUUUUCCUUUUCUUUUUGAUGACUCCUUUCUGUACCCUUAAGGUUAAUGUCCUUUUAUUUUUGCUGUUUUUAUUUUUGCUUUACUUUGCUUUAUCAACUGUUGCCAAGUAUGCCUGCCUGUAUUUGUAACACACGUGUGUAAGAGUUUAUUUAAAGACAGAACUUUGCUGUCCUCUGUGUGUGUUUAUGAACAAUUCAUCGUCCAUGCUUCUGUCAGUCGGUUUUGCAAAUUGCGGAAAUAAAUUGGUGAUGGAAGGUUUAAAAGGGACGUGUUAAAGCUUUUAGGAUGAACUGUGCCCUGUUUACUUUGUGGUUACCCCACCUGCUCCUUCAACACGUCAAUAGAUCUUUUUUAAACAAAUCCCCCUUUUUUCAAAGCAUCACUCUGACAUCUGUUCUCGUCCACUCCCGGACCAAGUAUUGUGCUGCGAGGCUGUAGCGCUUUUGCUAAUGGCAGAUAGAUAAGGUAAUGGCUUUUUAGCAGACAAAAUUUUUGUGUGUGCGUGGGAGGGGAAUGCUCUACACUCUUGAUUGUAACGUAAUGCAGUUUUGCAUUGGCACUAUAUUAAAAUAAUUAAUAAUAAUAAUAAUUUGGGAAAUAGGGGCCUGCUGUAUCUUUACUCCCCUGACUCUUCCAGGUUUCCUCGUUUCAACUCUCUCUUUCCUCUCUUCCUUCUGUUCAGUAUGUGUAACGUGAAUCUGAUUUGUACUACUGGAUAUUCUCACCGGAGCCACAAGUACCAUCUGUAUUCUUACACAGCAUGGAAUUAACAUUGAAUUUAAAA